AUGAGCCAGCAGGUUCCCCGAGACAGUCCAGAUCCCAGAAAUAAUGCAUCUGCGCCCCCGAAUCUCCAGGGGACUGAAGAGGACAGUUGGAUGGGAAGGGGGUUGAGCGACUCUGAGGACAUACAGGAUCGGGGGCCAUCCAUCUGCCGGCCUUCACUUCCUACCAUCCCCCAGGAUUCUCAGGCCCUGUUGUCUCCCUGCCAUCUACUCUCGGUGAAGAUCAUUCGCAUGAGAAACGUCCGUCAAGCUGAUGUGUUGAGUCUGACAGAUUGUUUUGUAAAUCUCUGGCUCCCCACUGCCUCCCAUGAGAAGCUAAGAACGAGGACUAUCUCCAACUGCAGCAACCCAGAAUGGAAUGAAACCUUCAACUUCCGGAUCCAGAGCCAGGUUAAGAAUGUGCUAGAACUAAGUGUCUGCGAUGAGGACUUAGUUACCCCAAAUGACCACCUCUUGACUGUCCUAUAUGACCUCACCAAGCUAUGCUUCCGAGAGAGGACCCAUGUGAAAUUUCCACUCAACCCUGAGGGCAUGGAAGAACUGGAGGUGGAAUUCUUGCUGGAAGAGAGUCCCACUCCACCUGAAAGUCUCCUCACCAAUGGCGUACUAGUGUCUAGACAAUUUUCCUGUUUGGAGGUCCAUGCGAAGCAUAAAAAACAGAAGAAAAAUGGAAAAAGAAAAGAGCUAACUGUGACAGUGAAUGAAUCCUAUGAAAACACCCAGUACAUCUCACCCAUAUACAACUCCUGUGACCGAUGCCCAGAUCUUGCCUUCUUCCACUAUGCCAAAUACUUCCAGCCCCAAAUGCAUGUGGAUGUGCCCAAGAAGCAUGGGCUUUCCUGCUGCUGUGGUGACCGUAAGGGAAAGCGUUCUGUCUGUGUGCCCCUGGAUUGUCUCCCAGAUGGAGAAGAAUUGACAGUACCUAUGAAUGAAAACUGUGAUUUAUACAUGACAGCCAAAGACUGCCCUGAUGAGCCCAAUGUGAGGCUGAGUUAUGAUCUAUGCCCAGAAGAGUUUGAGUUUCUGCAGAAGAGGAAGGUGAUUGUGGCAGAAGCCAUAAAGCAGGUGUUACAGCUGCAAGAAGAUCUCCAAGAAGAUGAGGUGCCUAUUAUUUCCAUCAUGGCCACAGGGGGUGGCCUGAGAUCAAUGACCUCCAUGUUUGGCCACUUGUUGGGGCUUCAAAAGCUGAAUGUCCUGAACUGUAUCAGCUAUGUGGCAGGCCUUUCCGGUGCGACUUGGACCAUGGCCAGCUUAUACAAAGAUGCUCACUGGUCCUCCAAAAACCUGGAGAAGUCCAUCCAGGAGGCUCGGAGACAUGCUGUCAAAAACAAGAUCCCUGCACUUUACUCUGAACAACUCAGCUAUUACCGGCAGGAAAUGCAGCAAAGGAGCCAAGAGGGCUACAAAGUUUCCUUCACAGACUUCUGGGGUUUAUUGCUUGAGUCUUGUUUCUGUGAUGAGAGAUACGAAGGGAAGCUGUCAUGGCAAAAAGAAGCUCUGUGCCAGGGCCAGAAUCCCCUCCCAAUCUACUUCACCAUCAAUGUGAAGGAUAAUGUAAGCAACAAGGAUUUCAGAGAGGAUGAGCCUAUAUUGCCUGAAAUCCCAAAAUGUGAUGCAAACACCCUGGAGACAACAGUGGUGAUACCAGGGACGAAGCUAGCCAAUACUUUCCGGGACAUCCUCACUUACCGAGCCUUUGUGUCUCAGUUUAACAACUUCCUCCAAGGCCUGCAGCUUCACACAGACUACCUGCAAAAUAGUCAGUUCUCCUCCUGGAAAGAUACAGUACUGGACUGUUUCCCAAACCGUCUGACCCAGUCUGUGAAUCAUCUCUGCGUGCUGGAUACUGCAUUCUUCAUCAACGCCUGUUACCCACCCCUCCUAAGACCUGGGAGGAAAGCCGAUGUCAUCAUACAUCUCAACUAUUGUGCAGGUUCCCAGACAAAGCCCCUAAAACAGAACUGUGAGUACUGCACGGUACAGAAUAUCCCCUUCCCCAAAUAUAACGUGGAAGAAGAAGAUGACAACCUGAAGGAGUGUUACCUGAUGGUCCCUGAUGAUGAUGCCCCAGAUGCCCCAAUUGUAAUCUUCUUCCCACUCAUCAAUGGCUCUUUCCAAAAGUACAAAGCCCCGGGUGUGGAGCGGAGCCCAGAGGAGUUGGAAGAUGGAAAUGUUGACAUCUAUGGCCCUGAUAAUCCCUAUGGCACCAUAGAGUUAACCUAUACAGAGUCUGCUUUUGACCGAUUAGUGAACCUCUCUGAGUACAACAUCUUAAAUAAUGCAGACAAGAUCCGUCAGGCCUUCCACCUGGCCUUGGAAAGGAAGAAGCAGUCAAAGAAACCAUGUUCAGCAUAAACAUGGAGACCAUCACAGAUAGUGUUUCUGUUUUUCCACCACUGCAUCAGAGUCCAAUGCCUACUGA